GGUCCGCCAACAAAACAGAAACUGGGUCUAACCAAAUCCCUCAGCUAGCUAAACACACACAGCAGCCAAGGCAGAGAGCACAGAGUAGAGAGAUGAGAGCUGUCACUUCACGAAACAAGCCAGUCCUCCUUCGCAUAACUCCACGAAUAAAAAGCAAGGCGCAGCAAUCAUUUAGGCAACUGUAGUUUUUUUUUCUCAGAGACGAAUAGACCCCCUUUUGGAUCCGUUUACCUUCAAUACCGUCUAUCCAAACAAACACCUGCUUGAGGAGUUCUUUAUGCUCGGAUGAGCCACUUCACCAAGGGACUAUAAUUCCUACUUCAUGUGAACGAAUCGGAGCCUAUGAUAAUAAUGCUUCCUAGCCCUGUUAUUUCUGCCUCCACCACGCCGUUCUCAGUCAAGGACAUACUAAAGUUGGAGCUUCAGCAGCAUGCUCAACAACAGCGGCUUGCCUCACACCUUGGGCCGCACCAUGAGCGCUCUCACCUGGGUCCACAGCAGCACCAAUACACCCUCCAGUCGCCCCCGUCUUGUAUGCUGGCCGGCAGGGACAGGAACAGCCCCAGCCCCGGGCUCUCGGAAGAAGAGGAGAGAAUGGCCUACCUGAGUAGUCUGACGGUUCAGGAACGGCUGAUGGAGACGGGUCCAGCCGGGGAGAUAUUCAUUUCAGCCGACACCAGUCUGGAGGUUGAGCAAGAGGACAUAGACGCCAAAGCUUGUGGCGCAAUGGAGGUGAGGGCCUGUGAAGAGUCCCCGCAGGCGCACUCAGACUUGGAGAGACUCCCAAAACAGCAGAGGACCCGGCGGAAACCGCGCGUGCUCUUCUCCCAGGCGCAGGUGUUCGAGCUUGAGCGGCGCUUCAAGCAGCAGCGUUACCUAUCCGCCCCCGAGAGGGAACACCUGGCGAACACUUUGAAACUGACCUCCACACAGGUCAAAAUCUGGUUCCAGAACAGGAGGUAUAAGUGUAAACGGCAGCGGCAGGACAAGACCCUAGAAAUGGCCGGACACCCUCACCAUCUUCCCCCACCUAGGAGAGUGGCAGUCCCGGUGCUGGUGCGGGAUGGGAAGCCCUGCCUGGCUGGAUCUCAGAACUAUAAUACAUCCUACAGUGUUGGAGCGGCCAGCCCCUAUAGUUAUAACGGCUAUCCGGCUUAUUCCUACAAUAAUCCAGUGUAUACUAACACAUACUCAUGCACGUACUCUAGCCUGCCUACUCUAGCACCCAACUCUACUGCUAACGCUUUUAUGAAUAUGGGUCUGGCGAACCUGGGCGCGUCGCAAUCUCAGGCCCAAACACCGCAGGGAACAGCCUGCCAAGGAACUCUGCAGGGCAUUCGGGCCUGGUAGCUGAAUGUGAUGAUCUGCUUGUUGAUUUAUAGUUGAUCACGUCGAUCACUUGCCUACAGUAUUUUUGGGAUAAGGGAAAACCUGUCUGUGUCCCAUGCAGCAAAAUAGAAGGAUUUCUCAUUGAAAACCGUCAUAUUGAGACUCGAUCACCUUGUACGAAUAUAUUAGUUGUUUCCUCAUCAACGCGGCAAAAACAUGUUUGGACUAUUCCAGAGUCACUGUUGGAUAUAGAUAGAUAUAUACUAUGGCAACAUUGCAGACGGACUAAAACGCGUGCGCAACCGUGCGUAAUAUGGCCUUAAAGCUGUUGGGUGCUCGUGAACCAAGGAUGUGAAUGGCAAACAUUGGCAAUGGUUAUAUCUGAGCUAUUUACAUCUAAAAUAUGACUUUACCAGUAGCCUACUUGGUCUUUACCAGUGAAAACAUUAUUCUUCAACAACAUAACAUAAACUCCUUAAAUAAAAUACCGAACAUGUGUGAGGAUUAUUUGUUGUUACUUCGAAUUGACCAUUUGCUGCUGCCUUUUUAGUCACUUAUUUGAGAUAUUCUGCACUUAAACAAUGCCCGCUGCGGUUU